AAAGCUUAAACGCCAAGAACAUAAAGAGUGUAGUUCGCAGUGAGCCGUGUUAGGUUUCAGUGUUUUGCAUGUUUAGAAAUAAAUAAAUAAAUUAGACUCCAAAGGGUUUACCAGUAGCACAUGUUAAGAGCUUGAUUGUGUGUGUGUUUGAUAGCAGAUUUCAUCGUUUAAAACACGUUGUAUUCUUUUGCUUUUGUUUGCAUUGUAUUGGGGGGAAAAACAGAUAGGCUUCGUUUUCAGUUUUUCGGGGAAUGCUUUAUCAGGCACUGUGCUUGUGAUGUGUGGUUUUCACAUAGAUGCCAGAUUCACAGGAGAAACAGGAUGGGUUUGAAGUCGGCUCAGAAGAAGCUCUUUCCCUUGCGGGGUAUUGAAGGGGUUAUACGCCUCUUUGAACAGGAGCUCCAGCAGUCUCAACCUGAUCUGUCCUUGCUAUCUCUGGUGCUGGGUUUUGUGGAGCAUUUCCUUGCUGUGAAUCGUGUGGUACCUGUCAAUGUACCAGGUGUGCGGUUUGAGCCAAUGCCUAAUGGUGAUCCUAAUAAUCCAUCUUGCUUUCCAGUGGUGGAACUAGGUCUGAUUGCUGCCCUUUAUGAAAGGUUCACAGCACAAAUCCGUGGCACUGUUGACUUAACUCUAUAUCGUCGUCCUUCUGGGACCUCCAGCCGUGAGCUUGUCAAGAAGGUGUCUGAUGUAAUAUGGAACAGCCUGAGCCGCUCAUACUUCAAGGACCGAGCGCACAUCCAGUCACUCUUCAGCCUUAUCACAGGCACAAAGCUCGACAGUUCAGGAGUAGCCUUUGCUGUGGUGGCAGCCUGUCAAGUUCUUGGAUUACGUGAUGUUCAUUUAGCCUUAUCAGAAGACCAUGCUUGGGUAAUUUUUGGUAAAAAUGGAGAAGAGACUGCAGAAGUAACGUGGCAUGGCAAAGGAAAUGAAGAUCGCAGAGGUCAGACUGUUUCUGCUGGUGUUGCUGAAAGAAGUUGGCUUUACUUGAAAGGCUCUUACCUAAAAUGCACCCGCAACAUGGAAGUAGCAUUCAUGGUGUGUGCUAUCAAUCCUUCAAUUGAUUUACACACAGAUAGCAUUGAGCUUCUUCAACUGCAGCAGCGACUGUUGUGGCUACUCUAUGACCUUGGAGAUCUUGACAAGUAUCCAAUGGCAUUAGGUUCAUUGGCAGAUCUGGAAGAUUUGGAUCCAAUACCCGGGAGACCUAGUCCUCUGUUCAUCCAUGAAAAGGCCAUUCAGUCUGCUAAAAAGUAUUACAGCAAUGAACACAUCUACCCUUUCAUGUACCUUGCUGGCUACCAUUACAGGCAUAAGAAUGUCAGAGAAGCCCUGGGUGCCUGGGCUGAGGCUGCGAUGGUUAUGCAGGAUUACAAUUACUUCAGGGAAGAUGAGGAGAUUUAUAAAGAGUUCUUUGAUAUUGCCAAUGAUGUCAUUCCUACCCUGCUGAAGGAGACAGCAGGCACCUUAGAGACCUCAGAUGAAAAAAGUGGCACUGGAAAAGGGAUUCAGGAAUCUGUGCAACAGUCAGAGUCCCGUUCUGCUUUGCAAGAUCCAGAAUGUUUUGCACACCUGCUUCGUUUUUAUGAUGGGAUCUGCAAGUGGGAAGAAGGAAGUCCAACACCAGUGUUACACGUAGGCUGGGCAACAUUUCUUGUGCAGUCUCUAAGUCGUUUUGAUGGUCAAGUGCGUCAGAAAGUAUCCAUCAUUACCAAAGACACUGAACCACCAGAUGAAGAUGACCAAUCAAGUGAGGACCAACGAGAGGCACGGCGGCGAGGACCUCGCCGUGAAUCAAAACCAGAGGAACCACCAGUUGUCCCAGCUAAGAAGUCAGCUCCUGAAAAACCAGUAGAGCAAAUGGUACCACAUCCUAAACGUCGGACUUCAACAUCUUUGCGUGGAAUUGAACGUGAAAAAGAGAAAGAAAGGGAAGGUCAUAAAGAAAAGGAAAGCAAAUUGGCUUUACCUAACACUUCCUCAUCUCCAGUCUCAUGUAUUACCACACCCAAUAUUACUGGACCAGUAGUCAUUUUCCAUAGUGAAAAGAUGAAAGGAAUGAAAGAGUUGCUAUCUGCAAGUAAGAUCAAUUCAAGUGCCAUCAAACUUCAGCUUACAGCUCAGUCUCAAGUCCAAAUGAAAAGACAAAAGGUUACGCCUACUAGUGAUUACACACUGUCAUUCAUGAAACGUCAGCGAAAGUCUCUUUGAUCUACUUAAAACCUUAGCAUGAUGAUGUUCAUCAGAAGAGCCCUCUUUACAUUUUUACACCUGUAAAUCUGCACGGCUUUGACACACUACCUGUUUUUAGGAUACAUAGGAUCACUUGCAUGGAAUAUCAAAACUGUUCUUUUAUCUUUGUACUUGUGAAUGUUACUGGAAUUCCUUUAGAUAUAGUUCAUCUGUAGGGAAGGAAGAAGAAUAAAGUGAAUUGCAAUGCUAAAUGUGGGCCCUUUUUAAGUUGGAAAUAUUUAAAUGUGAAAACUAAGGUUUGUACAUCUUGCAUUUGUUUUUCAUGAUCAACAUAAAAAUGCUAGCCCAACUGUUUUUAUAAUGAUUUGCCAUUAUAUUUUUAACAAUACCAAACAAAUUGAGGGAAAAUGUUAAUAAAUUUCAACAUUUAAGAUUUUAAUGUAUUAUAUUUAGAAUAAAUAUUUUACCAUAAUAUCCUUUGUCAACUUUUAAUGCAUAAAUGUCAAGCUCAGUGCCAAAAAUGGUAAUGUAGUUGUCUCGCACAGGACCUUGCCAUUCAUUUGAACUGUUAAAACUAUAUGACUUAAAUAUGUCAGAAGAUUUUAGAAAGAACAAGCACAUUAGAAUACACUUCUGCAAACUUCUUAAACAAUGUAUACAGUACUUUUUGUUUCAGUUAUAUACAUUAGCAUGUUACAGCAAUUUUGGUUUAAAAUGUACAGUUUUUAGAGCAAUUAGUUCAGUGUGGCUUUUUUCCAGUUGUUACGAAUGAAAUAAGAUGGUAUAACACACACACAAGUAAAUUUAAUUGAUCAGUCUCUGAUAAUUGUAGUCUUCUUGACUAUUCCUAAUUUAUGCAGAAUUAAAAACAAGGCAAUAUUCUGUGUUUAGAAAACUGGUUAUUAAAACAAAUAUACAGUAGAUAGAUACUUUAUUAAUCCCAAGGGGAAAUUCACAUAAUCCAGCAGCAGU